AUGGAUCACUACCGAGCCGUUCCACUGAGCGAUGGUUGUCACUUUUUGUACACAGAUCCCUGUAUAGGGACCCUUUCCUUGGGCGCCGAUGCACUAGCUGGGCCCCCGGAUCGCUUAAUUUGCGAGGCCCGAUUCCGUCCCCCGUCUGAUUCCUCGCUACCUCUGCUGUACACAGCCGAGUUCGACACACGGCAUAACCUCUGUGUUAUGGCAACGUUUUCGGCUGGCGGUGGAGACGAUUGCAUAGGUUCUAUGGAGGAGGGUGCUGGUGUGAUACCUUUAAACUUUGAUCCACCCAAGAGUUUGGACAUGAACAUGCAGAUGAUCGUCCUUUACAUAGUGCCCUCUAGUAUGUUUGCCGUCAUAUCAGAAGGUAGAUGUCGUCAAUGGUGUGUGACAGCAAACCGGGAUGAGAGAGAAGGCGACCUACUGAUGGAUGAAGCGGGCACGCGGACCAAAGGAAGCAGCAACAACAUUCAUUUUGCAGAUGAUGCCUCAGCAGAAACGACGGUGCAUCGUCCGUUCGAAAUUCGAGGACAGCCUGUUGCCAGGUGUCACAACCUAGUGGAGCUUGCCUUGGAUUUAGGACUUGACACUGUCCUUUGGGCGUUCAGCGCACAAGGGUGGGCGCGGGCGUGGAUUUUACAUGACGGGCGUGAAGAAAUCUCUAGCCGUGUGAUUGUUCAGCCAGAUGGAAGUUUACGACAUGUCGAUUCUAACGGCGACUGCAGCAUGACCGACGACGAUCAGGUUGUUUCAACGCCAAAAGUGACGAUGGGGCCUGUCACGAAUCUAGAGGCGAUCCUGUCGAUGAAGACAGAUACGACUGUUCCAGUACCACAAGCUGGAAGAUACUGUGGCCCUGCUACGAGAAUAUUAGAAAGUGACAACAGUGGAGGCAUGGUCAGUGUAGCGCUGAAUGGAAUCACGAGGUUCGACGUGGAACUUGGUUAA